AGACGUUGGAAAAGCGAGGUGCCGCUUUACGGCGGUGUGGCGGGGCACGUCAACAGCGAUGGCGGAGGGGGAGGAAGCGCCUCCGCUGAGCAGCUGGGAAACCGAACUUGCAGAAGCUCUAGAAGAAGGUGGCUGUGAUCUUGAAACUGUUAGGAACAUAAUCCAAGGGAGAGCUAUACCUGAUCACCUUAGAGCCAAGGUCUGGAAGAUUGCCUUGAAUGUUGUAGGGAAAGGAGACAGUUUGGCUUCCUGGGAUGGAUGCUUAGAUCUGCCAGAACAGACACUAAUUCACAAAGAUUGUCAAGAUCUAGUUGAUCAGCUAUCCCUGCCAGAGGAGCAGAAAUCAGUAUUACUUUUGGAUAUUGAAUCUGUGAUUACUUUUUACUGUAAAUCUCGCAAUGUUAAAUACAGUUCUAGCCUUAGUUGGACAUAUCUACUCAAGCCAUUGGUGCACCUUCAGCUUCCACGAAGUGACUUGUACAACUGCUUCUAUGCGAUCAUGAAUAAGUACAUUCCAAGGGACUGUUACCAGAAAGGGAGGCCAUUUCAUCUUUUUCGGCUUCUCCUCCAGUACCAUGAGCCUGAACUCUGCUCCUUUCUGGACACCAAAAAGAUGACGCCAGAUUCAUAUGCACUCAACUGGCUUGGAUGCCUGUUUUCGAGCCACUGUUCCAAUGAAGUCACUCAGGCAAUUUGGGAUGGAUAUUUACAGCUGGCAGAUCCAUUUUUCAUUUACUUUCUAAUGCUGAUCAUGCUUGUUAAUGCAAAAGAAUUUGUCUUAGGACCAGAGUCAGAGAGCAAAGAAGAUAUCGUGAAAUUCCUAGAAAAAUCCCCCUCCAGUUUGGAAGUGGAAGAUAUAGAAGACCUUUUCUCUUUGGCCCAUUAUUACUGUAGCAAAACUCCAGCUUCUUUCAGAAAGGAUAAUCAUAGUCUAUUUGGCAGCAGUUUGUUGGGUCUCAAAGAUGAUGAUUCAGAUUUGAGCCAAGCGCUGUGUCUAGCCGUUUCUGUAUCAGAGAUUCUUCAAGCAAAUCAACAGCAAGAGGAAGGAGUGAGGUUCUUUGUGGUGGAUUGUCGUCCUGCAGAACAGUAUAAUGCCGGCCAUUUAUCAACAGCAUUUCAUUUAGACUCAGACUUGAUGCUCCAGAACCCAUCAGAAUUUGCCCAGUCUGUAAAGUCCUUGUUAGAAGCACAAAAACAGUCCCUUGAGUCUGGCUCAAUAGCAAGUGGAGAGCACCUUUGUUUCAUGGGGAGUGGACGAGAAGAGGAGGACAUGUACAUGAACAUGGUACUGGCACACUUCUUACAGAAAAAUAAAGAAUAUGUAAGCAUUGCUAAAGGAGGAUUUAUGGCACUACAACAGCACUUAGCAGACAUUAAUGUGGAAGGUCCAGAAAAUGGAUAUGGCCACUGGAUUGCUAGUACUUCGGGCUCAAAAAGUAGCAUUAGCUCCUUAGUUGAUGGUGAUUCUCCCAAUGGUUCAAGUGAUGGGAAAGGUGUCAAAUCUUUGGUAAAUAAGAUGACUGAAGCUUUGAAGACUAAAUCUGUAAACGUGAAAGAAAAAGUCAUUAGUUUUAUUGAAAACACAUCAACUCCUGUAGAUAGAGUUUCUUUCAAUCUUUCCUGGCCUGAGAGUGCAAGUGUGUUGCGACAUGUCAGCAGCAGUGACAGAUUGGGAAAACCUUACCGUGGUGUGAAGCCUGUUUUUAGCAUUGGGGAUGAAGAAGAAUAUGAUACUGAUGAAAUUGAUAUCUCUUCAAUGUCAGAUGAUGAUCGGAAAGAGAUUGUCAACAUUCAGACUUGGAUAAAUAAACCAGACAUCAAGUAUCAUUUCCCUUGUAAUGAAGUGAGAGAAAACGGAAAUAAGUUUUCAAGUCAUCUUCUAGUAACUGCAACACAUAUGUACUGUUUGAGGGAAAUUCUCUCUAGAAAGGGAUUUGCUUACAUACAGUCUCGACAGGCUUUGAGCUCCGUCAUUAAAAUCACAUCCAAGAAAAAGCAUCCCGAAUUGAUAACAUUUAAGUUUGGAAAUACCACCACGUCCGGCAUAGAAAUUUUGGCAGUUGAGAGGUACUUGAUUCCAAAUGCAGGUGAUGCUACCAAAGCCAUAAAACAACAGAUUAUGAAAGUUCUGGAUGCCCUGGAAAGCUAAUAAGAAAAUACUUUCUCAGUGGUGUCUUGAAAGAAAUGGACAAGCAAGAUACUCUCUAUGGAACUGAAGUGACUCUGUUCCCGCUGAAUACUCACUUGGGACAACAUUUCAGUUUACUGAGGGGAGUGCCUGGAUAGCAGGGUUAAAAUAGGGGUAAAUUAUACAUUUUGAAUGGAUUUUUAAGUAUUUUUCUUUAACAUUCUUGGAUUUUGGGAAAAGUUGUUUAUUAUAAAAGUCAGUUAUUUUUAAUUAGUUUCAUAAGAGCGGACCAGCUCUUAAGAAGAGGACUUGACACCGAAGUCUGUCUGAAAAAUUGUGUUGAAGCCACGAAGCACUUCUAAAUAUUUGGAAAAUAUAGUUCUUGUGUUAAACAUUGAAGACUAGAAGAUACUUUUUAAAAGCCAUCAGAACUGAGUAUUUGGCUGGAUCAGAUGGAUGUAAUAUCAAGGAAUGACACAAGAAAGAUUAUCGAAACUGGAGGAGGUUUUCUCUUUCCUCAAAUUGGAACCCAACACAAAAUGAUUUCUGUAAUCCACCAACCUAGAAGACAGGGAGAUACACAUUGUUCUGUUGAAAAGGUUUUUAAAGUCUUAUCUCCACUAUCAAGUUAUUAAAAGGGGGAUUAUAUUACAAAACUUGAAAUCCCAAACUGAAUACAGUCAUCUAAAAAAUUUACACUCACAGACUGGUGGUUUGAGUUAUUACGACGGAUCAUUUGUUUCCUGGGCCAGUGGCAGCAUUUCAGUAGAAGUUGAACUCACAAUGCAUGCUUCAUAUGGUAAAAUACGAAAUUUGGCCAUAAAGAUGAGACAACAUGUUUGUUUUGCUAUACUAAACAAAAGUGAAGCGAAAUAAUUUUGUGUGGAUUACAUCUGUUUUCUUUGAGAUCUGCCUAUUGAAGUUUCUUUGAAAAUAAUGUUUUUGCUGGUUGGUAAGAUUUUGCUGCAAAUCUGUAGCAUUCAUCUAUACUACAAAUGCUUAAGACUGACUUGAAUGCACUUAGGAUCCGGGAGCAAGCAGGUGUGUGUUGCCUUGAAAGCCUGCACGAAUUGGAAAUGAUGGUUCGAUAUUACUGUUUGUGCUGAUAAGAAUUACAUCUGCAAGUCCAUAAUGUAUUAUUACUGUAUUAUAAGAAAAUAAAUCAACCUGACCUUUAUAGCAAUUGGCAUUCUUCGGUUAUUCUCUUAGUAGGAAUCAAGUAAAGGCACUUUAAUCCUGAAACUAACUCCCAUUUUUUUAAAAAAAAUCUUAAGUCAUCAAUAUACAAUUUUUUAAAGAUGAAUUGCAUGAACUGCAUCUCUGCCAAUGCUCUUGUAUUUAUAUCCUGCCCCAGAAGAGUUGUAUUAUUUUUUCUUUCUCUCCUUCCCCUUUAAAAUCAAAAUAAAAUUUCUUGAAAGGCCUCCAUUGUGCCUAUUUCAGCAAAGAAUUUUUUUUCAUAAGGUUUGUGUAAAGACGUUUGUGUAACUGUUUAUAAACUGCCAUUGUAAAUAAAUCAGUACUAUUUGAACAGA